CACAGUCUCUUUGGUUUAAAAGGGUCAUCUUCACCUAUUUUAUUUUCAGUCGAGAGAAUCUUCUACUCAGGAUUAGAACGAUUGUUUGUUUUGUGUGUCCUAAUUGUUCAGUUUGCUCAAUAUUUUCAAUUCCACACACUCGAGAUGAAAGUGCUUUUGGUUCUAGUCGCCGUUGUGGCCUCUGCACAGCUUGGAAAUUGUGGCGUUGGAGUUUUGACCCCUGAAAUCGAGGCUGAAGCCUUGAGAUUGUGGCAAAGAUACUGCGCCGGUCGAAGUGAAGGUGGAAACGAUGGUGCUUUAGCCGUCUACUGCAAAAUUGCCCGUGAAGACGUGACCGAAAGCUUGCAACACACCAUAGAACUUCCAAGAGGUCAAGAACAAGGUCAACAAGUUGUGUUUGUCCAGCCACCAAGCUACCAUUACAAACACGAUGUUGUCGUUUCCGGAGGCGGUGGUUCUGCUCCCAAGACCGUUAUCUACGUUAAACCAGCCAAAAACACCAACGAAGUCAACAUCGUUGACCAGACCGCACCCAACGCUGCCCCCCAGAAGCCAUCUUUGUAUUUCCUUAAGGGAGGUCACGGAGCUGAACGAGAAAGCCAACAGGACUCGCAACCCGUUGCUCCCCCACCAGCGUCCUAUUUGCCACCAACAAAUGCAGGAUACCAAUAAAUAAGCAAGUGAUAAGUUAUGGUGUGGAAAAUUGCAAAAUUUUUAUCCGGUCGAGGGGUUUGCUAGUAACUUAUUUCGAAAAGAGUUUAUUUAUUCAGAGUACACAUAAAAAUAAAUAAAGAUUUGUCCGUCCUAAA